AUGGCUGAGCCAGGCAGCGUCGCCCCUGUCGACCGCGUUGCCGCAGAUGGCUUCAAACUCUCCCUACUUCUCAACGCCGUAAGCUCCGACGUCGCAAAUGCAGGACUCGAAGUCCAAGCCAUCUCCAAGGGCGUUACCUUGUUCUCGAUGAUGCUAAAACACACCAGCCAAGUUCUGCAAGCCGCGGACUCGGUCCAUUCUCAAGAAGCAAUCGAGACAGCUCAGUCCAUAGCGGAUGAGGGCACAAGAGCAUUCGACGAAAUCAAUGAGAUGUUGGAGCGGGUGCGCACAGCGCAACGUGCGGACGAUGCAAGUUCUUCCCCAGUCCAACAAAGGUUCAAACGCACAUUUAAGAAACAUCGCGUCACAUAUCUGCUUGCACAGAUCGAGAGUCUGCAAUUAAGUCUUUCGGUGAUGCUGCAGAUACUCCAGUUGGGAAGACUGAUGGCGUCUACAUCCCGAAGCGACCCGGAAGAAGUAGUCGCCGUCAAGAAAGAAGCCAUCAAUCAGGAACGUGCUGUGGCCCAGAAUGCAGUCAUUGUUCGAUAUUGGCAGAUGAGCAACAUGGACGAUUUGUUCGAGGCUUCACAGAGGGAGGAAGAGGAGGAUAGGCGCACGAGUCUCAUUAGUCUGAACUUGGAGGAGAUGCCGUCACCCCAGCAGGCGAAUGGCUCUGCCUUCGAUCAUGCCCUUUCGAAUGCCUUGGUCAGGCUCCCGGUGUUUUCUUUGGGCGAACUGGACCACACUCUGCAUCAGAUUAAACACUCUCCGCGGGAUAUGGUUCAAGUCUCGAACCAAGCAAUUGAUCCGCUACUGGAAAGGUGGACCAUCUGGCGGGAGGUCCGGGAAAGAAAGCACAACCACCACUCAGGUGGGAGGUAUGUGCCUUCAGUCGAUAACCUCACCGAAGAUGAAGAUGACUUGGCAUUCUAUGACCGAUUGGGAGGAAGGGAAGACGGGGCUCGUGGGUAUUAUCUUGAGGGAACCACCACCGAUUGGAGAAAGCCCAACUCUGCUUCUGCACGGCAUGAGGCAUUCAAGCGGCGAAAGCAAUAUUCUGGGUACCAGCCAAGUGUAAGCGCUGCCAGCAGCGAUGUGGAAGACUCCCCAGGAGGCAGCACUAGCUCGAAAAAAAGAUCUUCAAGACGACAUGUCAUUGACUCCGGAUCCGAGUCAUCUGCCUCUGAGCAUGAGCUUGCUCAGCCGAAGCCGCGGCGACGGAGUAGUGGCAGCCGCACGGUGGAGCGAAAGGUACAAGCAUCCGAUGGCAGUGCUGCCGCAGCGCAACACCCGACAAUGCCAUCAAUUCAACCAGUAGCGUCAGUCCACUGCAUCAAGACUGUCCUCUCCAGCAUAUCAUCCACCCGGACACCGCCCUUGGGCAUCACCGGACCAGAAUACGGCACAUCACAGCAUUUCCUCACCUUUACUACCGGCUCCGACAUUCAACGGUCCAAACGUAUACGGUCAUUCUCCGACAGUCGCAUUUCCCCGUCAUAUUGGGCCUGUACAGCCCCAGCAGCCACUACAGCUAUCUCCCUACUCUUCGUCCUCUCCGAGCUCACGGUAUAUGACUCAGCCGACUACACGAAUGGGCUUACCACCUCGACCAGGCUCACAGGAUGGUAA